GUCUCUCCUCACACUCUCACUCACCCUGUCUCUCCUCACACUCUCACUCACCCUGUCUCUCCUCACACUCUCACUCACCCUGUCUCUCCUCACACUAUCUUCCACCCUGUUUCCCCUCACACUAUCUACCACCCUGUCUCUCCUCAAACUAUCUUCCACCUUGUCUCUCCUCACACUAUCUACCACCCUGUCUCUCCUCACACUAUCUUCCACCCUGUCUCUCCCCACACUAUCUUCACUCACCUGCAAUACAUUACCACUCCCUCCAUUGGUGAUAAAAUCCUGAAUAGACCAGUUUUAACUGUUUAUUUGCAGUUCAUGUCCGAUGGGUUGUACUGUUCCAGUUGAUGUUGCCUUCCAGCUGUUACAGCCAGGCUUGUUUGAGUUUGGCGAGUUCAUGAAAGUCAACCUGCGCUAUGCCCUGCCCGACUCACAGAGCACAUUGAAGCAUGAUUCAAUCGGGACCCCGGUAUCCACGGAAACCGUGUCCACCCUGUCGACAGAGGACGAUUUGGCAGCAUCGGCAGAAUUGUGGAGAGUUAGGAGUGGCAGCACAUCAUCACUACACACACCACUGUUACAUUCCGCAGACGAGAAACGGAAAUCUUUUGCAACAAAGUCAUACUCCUUUGGUGACCUAGGGCCGAAUAUUUCUACUGAGUCCGAGGAAGCCCAGAAAAUCAGGUUUAAAUCUAUCAGGCGGUCGACGGCCGUUCACCCACCCAAGUUAUCUAUUCCACGUCCCGUGUUAUCACAGACUGACAGAGACGUUACCAACCCGGCUAACUUCUUGAAGAAACCCUGCAGGAUCUACAUUCCAUAGUCUACCUAGUAACCAACUCAGCUAACUUCCUCAACAUCUACAUUCCACAAUCUUCCUAGUAACCAACUCAGCUAACUUCCUCAACAUCUACAUUCCACAAUCUACCUAGUAACCAACUCAGCUAACUUCCUCAACAUCUACAUUCCACAAUCUACCUAGUAACAAACCCGGCUGACUUCCUCAACAUCUCAACUGCUAUUAUUCUAUUAAAAUCUUGUUGUUACCAUAUAUUACCAGGUGAUGUAUACUAUAGGUGCACAAGCCUGGGAUGUGCGUAUACUAUAUACUAUAGGUGCACAAGCAUGGCCUGUGUAUACUAUAGGUGCACAAGUAUGGUCUGUGUAUAUACUAUAUACUAUAGGUGCACAAGCCUGGGAUGUGCGUAUACUAUAUACUAUAGGUGCACAAGCAUGGCCUGUGUAUACUAUAGGUGCACAAGUAUGGUCUGUGUGUAUACUAUAUACUAUAGGUGCACAAGCCUGGGCUGUGUGUAUACUAUAUACUAUAGGUGCACAAGCCUGGGCUGUGUGUAUACUAUAUACUAUAGGUGCACAAGCCUGGGCUGUGUGUAUACUAUAUACUAUAGGUGCACAAGCCUGGGCUGUGUGUAUACUAUAUACUAUAGGUGCACAAGCAUGGCCUGUGUAUACUAUAGGUGCACAAGUAUGGUCUGUGUGUAUACUAUAGGUGCACAAGUAUGGUCUGUGUGUAUACUAUAUACUAUAGGUGCACAAGUAUGGUCUGUGUAUACUAUAUACUAUAGGUGCACAAGCCUGGGCUGUGUGUAUACUAUAUACUAUAGGUGCACAAGCAUGGCCUGUGUGUAUACUAUAGGUGCACAAGCAUGGUCUGUGUGUAUACUAUAUACUAUAGGUGCACAAGCCUGGGAUGUGCGUAUACUAUAUACUAUAGGUACACAAGCAUGGCCUGUGUAUACUAUAGGUGCACAAGUAUGGUCUGUGUGUAUACUAUAUACUAUAGGUGCACAAGCCUGGGAUGUGCGUAUACUGUAGGUGCACAAGCAUGGCCUGUGUAUACUAUAGGUGCACAAGUAUGGUCUGUGUGUAUACUAUAUACUAUAGGUGCACAAGCCUGGGCUGUGUGUAUACUAUAUACUAUAGGUGCACAAGCAUGGCCUGUGUAUACUAUAGGUGCACAAGCAUGGCCUGUGUAUACUAUAGGUGCACAAGCAUGGUCUGUGUGUAUACUAUAUACUAUAGGUGCACACGCCUGGGCUGUGUGUAUACUAUAUACUAUAGGUGCAAAAGCCUGGGCUGUGUGUAUACUAUAUACUAUAGGUGCACAAGCCUGGGAUGUGCGUAUACUAUAGGUGCACAAGCAUGGCCUGUGUAUACUAUAGGUGCACAAGCAUGGCCUGUGUGUAUACUAUAUACUACAGGUGCACAAGCAUGGCCUGUGUGUAUACUAUAUAUUAUAGGUGCACAAGCAUGGCCUGUGUGUAUACUAUAUACUACAGGUGCACAAGCAUGGCCUGUGUUUAUACUAUAUACUAUAGGUGCACAAGCAUGGCCUGUGUAUACUAUAUACUACAGGUGCACAAGGAUAGCCUGUGUGUAUACUAUAUACUAUAGGUGCACAAGCAUGGCCUGUGUGUAUACUAUAUACUAUAGGUGCACAAGCAUGGCCUGUGUGUAUACUAUAUACUAUAGGUGCACAAGCAUGGCCUGUGUAUACUAUAUACUAUAGGUGCACAAGCAUGGCCUGUGUGUAUACUAUAUACUAUAGGUGCACAAGCCUGGUCUGUGUGUAUACUAUAGGUGCACAAGCCUGGGCUGUGUGUAUACUAUAUACUAUAGGUGCACAAGCCUGAUCUGUGUUUAUACUAUAUACUAUAGGUGCACAAGCAUGGCCUGUGUACUGAUUUACACUGAGGAAGUUCUUGAUGGACAUUGGUCUCUUUAUGUUGUAUUCUAUUUGACAAGAUAGCUGCUGUUGUGGGCAAAUGUCAGACAUACCAGAUAUAAGUGUUUGAAAUACAAGAUGCCGAAUGUUGAAAACAGAAAUGUUUAAAGCAAAACUCUAUGACUUAAAAAUAUGCUAUUAAAUAAAAUUGUUGUUGUGAUGAAAA